AUGGGCACAGAAACUGUACGGACUAAAUGUGCAGCUUGGAGCAGGUAUGUGUUUUGUAAUGGGAAACCAUUAAGACCAGGUAGUUUCUCAUUUUGCAAGUUAUGAUCGCAAAACCUCCCCACAACUAUUCUUAAGUACCAAGGAUUACGAAAAACCAAAACUGUCGCUCUAAAAUUAUUCUCGAUAUCGGAUAUAUAAAUAGGAAAUUUCAAAAAUAUCGUAUUUGUGCAUGCUUUAUGUUUUGAAUUUUCAUAAACUGCAUAAUUUUAUAAUUGUCAUAAAGUGUACAAAGUUAUUUUUAUCCAUGACGCCGAAAAUUUACCGCGAGACUAUUUCCACAGGUGAUUUUUGACUUUUUAAUUUUUGUGAAAACACAUGCAGCUGAAUUUUGUAUAAUUUCACGGUUUUGAUAUUAACUUGCUUUCGUAUAAACUUGCUUGCGUGUUGCGUUAAUAUAUAAUUUAAGUAACUUGCUUUCGGUUGCUCUUUGUGAAAUUAUUGUUGUACAUGUCGCAAGAAGCUGAAACGUCUCAUAAGCGAAGCAAAACAGUCGAACCCAAAUAGCGAGCUGUCUCACCUAUCCGAGUCUCAUGACUCUGACUUCUUACCCAGGUAUAUAGUAUACUAUAUAUACUGCAUUUGUAAAUUAUCAUGAUAUCUAGUGAAAUAAAGAUUUGCUCAGUUUUCGAAGAUAUCUCUCAAUAAAAUACGUAUUUGUACUUUGUACUGAAGAGUUCUAAUCUUAGAUAAUGAAUAUACAUGUUUGUGCUUCCUACAUUAGAUCAGCAAAAGAAUGCGUGGCUGAAUGUAUCAGAAAUGCUAUGCUCUCACCACCCCCAGCCACCCCACCCCCAGCAACACCUUCUGGAGAUUCUGAAUGGCUACCAGAAACACCCGACCAGAAUGUCAAUGACGAAAGUCUUACUACCUUCAACGAAUGUUUUUCAACGCUGUCCACUAUGUUGCCCAGCACUAACGAGUUUAAACCUCUUCAGUCAAGACUGUCUUCAACGUGGGAAGAGGCAUCACGGAAAGAUCAAGAGCAGUGCAUAAAGACAGCUAAAGUAGCUUGCGAGAUGAUAUGUGAUGUUAUUGCUCCUAACGCCAAAGAUGAACUUCUGAAGUCCCUUGGCCUUGGCACAGCUGAACAGGACGCACAGUCCGUUUCCAAAGAGUUGGAUAUAUUAAUGUGGACUUAUAUGAACGCGCCGUCAAAAUCUUUAAAAACGCAAAUACUCAGCAUUUACGCUGAUUGGUAUCCUGUGAAAGUCCUCAUGAGAAGGCAUGAAAAAUAUGAAAAAAUUACCGAAUGGCAAGUGCGAAAAGCUAAAGAGCAUGCGAAGAAAACUGGCCCUGGUAUUCCGGUUGAAAAUUUAAAGAGACAUCGUGUGCGAGUAGACAUGGAAAAAGUGGAUCAUUUUCUUGACUUUAUAAACAGGCCAUACUUUUAUCAGGAUGUCGCGUUCGGUACACGCAAUCUGGAAUUGGAGAGUGGAGAAAUACUUACAAUGCCAAAUGUUGUACGCAUUGUCACUAGAUCUACAAUGAUUGCUCUCUAUAUAAGUUUGUGCAAAGAUGAAGAGUUUGAAGCAUUAAGCCGAUCGACACUUUACAGAAUCUUAGAAGUAAGAAAGUCAUCGCAGCGUAAAUCACUUCAAGGGCUGGAUAAUACAGCUGCUGACGGUGCAGCUGCUUUUGAUACUCUAGAGACAGUUCUUGGUCAGAUAAAGAAAUUUGGAGUUUCAACAAAGUGGAUUAAAUCUACAAAAACAGCCUUGAGAGAAAGCAAGAGGUAUCUCAAAACCCAGUACAAAGAUAAUUGUAGAGAAGAUAGUUCUUGUGCUGAUCACUGUCACGUGUUUGCUUUAAGUGAUGAAAAAGAUAAGGAUUUUCAAAAAUCUUGUCAUGAUUAUCACAACACCAUUUGCGACAAAUGUGAAAAACUGAAAAACGUAUUUGAAGAAAUUGAAAACAAGUGCAAUGAAACUGUACAAAGUGAUACAGAGAUUCGCGAAGAUCUUCUUUACGACAUAAACAAUUCGAAAACAUCAAUUGAAAAUUGGAAAGCGCAUAUACUAAGAUCUGAAAAUCAAGACCGUGCGAAACAAGACGUCUUGAAAAGCGUCAACUCCAAUACAAUAUUGAUCUUGUUAGACUGGGCAAUGAAAUUUACACAAUUAAAAUACCGCGAAAAACAAUCAGAUUGGUACGCAAAGAGAGGUUUAAAUUGGCACAUUUGUACUGUUGUGUCACUGAAUAAUACCGAGAAAUUAGAACUUACAUCAUAUGCACACUUGUUCGACUCUUGUACGCAAGAUUGGUUUGCGGUCCUAUCAAUCAUCGAAAAUCUUCUGAGCAAUGUCAAAGCAAAAUAUCCAUCUAUAACUAAAUCACAACAACUUUAUCAUUGCAGCACUUAUGGAUGUCAGUAAACGUGUCGGUAUUCAGGUGGAACGCUAUGAUUAUUCCGAGCCACAACAUGGCAAGGACCUUUGUGACAGAAUACUAUGUCCAUUGAAAACAUCUAUUAGGAAGUUCUGUAACGAAGGCAACGAUAUAACAACAGCGGCUCAAAUGAGAUACGCACUCAAAGAAAGACCUGUUAAAGGUACAACUGCAUCGGUGAACAUUGUGAAUGCAGAAGCGAAUAAGCUCGAAGUAAUGAAGCUUGAAGGUUUUAGUGCCUUUCACAACUUUUGCUUCGAAUGUGAUGGUGUACGCGUAUGGAAAGCGUAUGGAAUAGGAGAUGGAAAGUUGAUUCCAUACGGAAGGUGGCAAAAGACACCACAAGGCCCCACCCUACUGAAAGUAGAAGAAGGACAAGAAUUCUUUAAUCCAAGCUCAAGUCGUGUGGUGAAGGAACCGGUGGAAGAUAAAAGCGAAGUUAGCACAUAUCAAUGUCCGGAAGGUGAAUGUUAUGCCGUUUUUGAGAGAUUAGAAGAUCUCGAUGUACACAUGGAAAUUGGGGAGCACAAGAAGCGCGAGCGUUUGGGUUUAUACGACAAACUUAAACUUGACUGGGUCUCAAGAUUUACAGAACUAACCUUUGAAGAAUAUGAAACCACUAAACCCAAGCAUCAGGAAAAUAUGGGAAAGUCAAAUCUGCCGAAGGGUUGGGCACUCCACAAAUCAAAGGGUGGCGGCAAGCGAUUUCCGAAGGCAGUCAAAGACUAUCUCAUUGCUAAAUAUGAUCUGGGAGAGAAGACAGGAAAUAAAUGUGACCCUGAGAAAGUGGCCGAAGACAUGAGACAUGCCAAGCUACAAAAUGGCGACAGACGAUUUUCACGAGAGGAUUGGCUAAAUAAAUCUCAAAUUAAAAGUUUUUUUUCCAGAAUUACAGCUGCUCGAAGAAAGCAAAGUCAACUAGGUACACAGAUCUCUAUUGAUCCAGAUGAUGAUGAUCUUGAUGAGUGGCUAGAUGAAGUGGAGGUUGUUGAAGGUGCAAAUGAACGCAAUGCAAUAAUGAAUGACGUACUUUCUGAAAUUGCCCUACAACAUCCUAUUAUACAUGAUACAUAUAAUCUAUGUGAAUUACGCCAACGUAACGAAUUGAAAAAUUUCAAUGUCAAAAUGCUGAAAGAAAUCUGCAGCGAAUUAGAAGUACAAUAUAAGUCUCGCGAUACCAAGAUGAUUAUAUUGGACAAGCUGGCAACUGAACUUUCAAAGUGCACCUGCAGUAACAUCUAA